AAAAUGGCCCAUGGGCUAAGAGCCCACUACGGUUGUAAACUGGUCCAAGUGAAUUGCUCUUCACGCAACGACAAUACCUUCUUCUUUCUCUUCCAAUUCCGCUUAAACCCUAACAAAGGGUUUAACCUCGCGCCAUGAACCACCGAACUUCUUCAUAAUAAUCAAAAUCCAAACCGCAUUCUAAUUCCAUAACAAUGUCCACCGCUAAAUUAACCUCAUGCGCCGCCAUAGCAGCCGCCGCAGCGGCUUCAAUGUCCACUCGCUCCGAUCGUGCUUAUUCCGAAUCUUACUUUCGUUUCCCUUUUUUCUCUUCUUCACCUUCCAAUUCAUCUUCUCCGACGGACCAAUCAUCUGACAACAAGUCGGAGUCUCCACCUUCUGAAGAAUCUAACAACUCCGGUUUUGAUCCUCAAUCGUUUGAAAGAGCUGCUAAUGCUUCCCGUGAAAUCAAAAAUUCUCCUCAUUUCAAAAAGGUGAAGGAAUUACUGUAUAAACAGGAACAAACUCGGCUUGCCGAGAUAGAUGCUGAAAAAAUUCAUUAUGAACUUAUUCAGAUUCAAGGAGAUAUUGACAGGGUGCGUAACAUGUACGAAGAACAACGGAAUCUAAUACAAGAGCAGAACCAGAGGCAGGCUCAGGUGUUACGAUUGGAAGAUGAACAUGCAAGGAAAAGAUUGCAGACAGAUCACGAAAACCAAAGGCGACAUAAUGCUGAGUUGGUCCAGAUGCAAGAGAAAUCUUCUGAAAGAAAGGAGCAGGCAAGACAGGCUACUGAAGAACAGAUUCAAUCUCAGAAGCGUCAGACUGAAAGAGAGAGAGCUGAAAUAGAAAGAGAAACCAUUAGAGUUAAGAAAAUGGCAGAGGCUGAAGCCAAUGUCCUUGAGGCAAAAUUGACUGCGGAUCAUAACAGCAGAAUGCUUAUAGAUCGGAUGCAUGGGGAAAGGGAUAAAUGGCUUGCUGCAAUUGACGCUACUUUUAGUCAUAUUGAAGGUGGUCUAAGGGUCUUAUUGACCGAUAGGGACAAAUUGCUUAUGGCUGUUGGAGGAGCUACUGCAUUAGCUGCAGGAGUAUAUACAACAAGAGAAGGUGCAAAAGUUUCAUGGGGCUAUAUUAAUCGGAUUUUGGGGCAGCCAUCAUUGAUCCGGGAAUCAUCCAUGGCAAAGUUUCCAGGAUCAAGGUUUCUGUCUCAAGCCAAAAAUAAAGUUUUAAAUUAUAGUACCUUGGCUAAGGCAGAAAAGCCUGUUGGGAGUCAAAAUGGACUUGGAAAUGUAAUCCUGCAUCCAUCAUUGCAGAGAAGAAUAGCGCAUCUAGCACGGGCAACAUCAAAUACCAAGGCCCAUCAGGCACCAUUUCGUAACAUGCUUUUUUAUGGGCCUCCUGGGACUGGCAAAACCAUGGUUGCAAGGGAAAUAGCUAGAAAAUCGGGUUUGGAUUAUGCAAUGAUGACCGGAGGAGAUGUUGCGCCUCUGGGCCCACAAGCUGUUACCAAAAUUCAUGAGAUAUUCGAUUGGGCCAAGAAAUCUAAAAGAGGCCUAUUGCUUUUUAUUGAUGAGGCAGAUGCUUUCCUUUGCGAGCGGAACAGCAUACACAUGAGUGAAGCCCAACGAAGCGCCCUAAAUGCACUGCUUUUCAGAACUGGUGAUCAGUCUAGAGACAUAGUACUUGUGCUUGCCACAAACAGACCAGGAGAUCUAGAUAGUGCAAUUACUGAUCGGAUUGACGAAGUGAUUGAAUUCCCAGUCCCAGGAGAGGAGGAACGUCUUAAGUUAUUGAACCUCUAUUUGAACAAGUAUCUACGUGAUGAAAGUAAUAAUUCCAAGGGGGGCUUAUUUCUUAAGAAGCAACCCCAGAAGAUUACCAUAAAAGAUAUAUCCGAAGAUGUGCUGAAAGAGGCUGCAAAGAAAACAGAGGGGUUUUCUGGCCGUGAGAUAGCCAAACUCAUGGCCAGCGUUCAAGCGGCUGUCUAUGGGCGCCCUGACUGCUCCUUGGAUUCUAAGUUGUUUAAAGAAAUUGUAGAUUACAAGGUGGUGGAACAUCAUCAGAGAUUAAAACUGGCAGCUGAAGGCGGCCUCCCUGCAUGAUUGUAACUUCUCUUUCCAGUCUGUUACUAUCGGCCCUCGAAGUUUUCUUCUGGAUAUCAUUCUUCAUAUUGUUACUUGUGCCAUUAUUUGUGGUCCAUGAAGCACAUUCUUUAUAAAACUUCACCCAGAUGCAUUGUGUAAGGCAAAUUGAUAGCAAGUUUUAGCUUUACUAAUUACUAGGAGAGGAAGGCUUUAGUUUCAUGGAAGUAGCAUUCCAGCAGAACCUGUUCUUUUUGUUCUAUAUAUUGAACAAGAAGCCAGGUCUUGAGAGGUAGAGGUCAAUUUACCUUGUUUAUUAAAUUAAUUUCAUAAAAUACGAAUGCUCAAAGUUGUAACUUAAAUUUGCAUCUUGUUUUAAAUUUGAGUUUUGUUAAAUUCCAAUAAUAAUAUGUAGGAAUGGAUAUGUCGAAUAA